AUGUCCUUCAUAAAGUAUAUUUUCGUGUUCAAGGAGAUCGUCUCAGUCGACGUCGAAUUAUCGCAGAAGACACGAUAUCCGUCAGUUGCUAAAGCACGUUCGCACACUGAAACUUUCUUCAAUUCUUCAGCACCUUCAUACAACUUCUACCCAAAGUAUUGUCCCGUCGCCGAUACCUUCGCCCGGACGAAAUCUUGCCGUUCGCGCACGUAUAUAUACAAUACGCGUGCCGGCAAGCGCGUAACGUCCGUCUUGCAUAUCGAUGAGAAGACCGUAGGCGAACGAGAGGGCUUCCUCACUUGGCUGAAGGACAUAUUUAAUAAACCCGUAGUUGCAGAAGAUAGAACCCACGAAACUGACACAUCGAUCGUGACCAUAGAUCGCGCAGCUACAACGCUCGAUCAUCCAGAAAUAACGGUUUCGAAAUGGCCAGCAGACUCUUCGGGCAAGGUCGAUGUCGUUAAUCAAAAACUAGCCAAUUUCAACACGACGCAAUCGAUGACGAAGUUCGAGGAUGGGAAUAUCCGCAUCGAGAAAUAUAACGCGGGAAACGACGAAAAACGCGCGAAUGCGAUUCAACAGUCGGCGACUUAUAUCUCGUCGCAGUCGAGUAAAAAAACUUUAGAACGCGGAACGGACUCUGACUUUGCGUGGUUCAAUCCUGGCGAGAUACAUCGAUCGGAGAGAAACGUGAUGAAAUUUGCGGCAAGAGAUGAUUCCGAUGUGGCCGCACAUUAUCGUCGUUACACGAAUCCGAGACACUGUUAUCGCCUGCCACCGCGAACGAAACAACCACUUCUGGAAUCGUGCGUUUUAAAUAGAAAUAUCGGCGUGUCGAAGCGCGCGAUCGCGGAUUUCGCUCCUAGGAACUCGAAGCCGCCUGUCAGGGAGCCGAACAUGCCCGAAAAGCGCGAGAAGACAGAUGAGAAGAAAGACAGGAAAGAAAAGAAGAAGCCGGUAAUACGUACGGAUGGCGAAUUCGCCGAUAGUAGCGAGAACCGAGCGGAGAUGGUAGCGGGCGAUAACCCAAAGGGCGACCCCGGCACGGCGUUUCGUUACGAGUGGGGCGUGAAACUCGCCGAGGAGCCGGCCGCCGAGGCGAGCGAUAACGAUAACUUGGCCGAAAAGAGCCAGCGAUACGUCACGAAGCGGUUUUGGGGAGUGAACUUGAAACAACUGAAGCCGGAUGUCGAGGGUGCUCCUUCGCCGGCGUCCAAGGAUCUCGGGAGAAAUGCGGAAGAGCAUCGAAACACCUUUUCGAUCUCCAAGAGUAGUGAUACCAUCGCCAAUGAGACGAGAAAUAACGUUUUCUCGCCGGUAAACAUUUCAACGAAAGAGUCGGACGCGUCGAGCUUGAAAGGUACGAUCGCGGAAUAUUUGUCGACUCCGUCGUAUCGGGCAAACCAAACUUCGCCGAAUAGUAAUUCUGUUACGCCGCAGCAAGAAAAGACUGACGCGGAUAGUUCUAAAGCCCUUCGGAAAAUCAUUAAGACAUCGUUGAAUGAGUUGAAAGAGACGAUAGCGAUCGAUGACGAGUAUAACGUUCCGGAAGGGACGACCUUGGAAACUGAGAUCACUGCCUGGAAGAAUGUCGCGAUGAAAUCGAAAACAGUAUUUCACAAGGAAAUUUACAUGUCGCCUGAUAACUUGGAAAAUAUGGAUAUGGUAUCGAUUCGUCCGGAAGCACCGCAGCCAAAGUUAGACGUGCAAGUCGUGAAGUCUAGCGAAGACACCUUGGAAGACCAAGAAGUUGAUCAAUCCAAUUCAGGAUAUAAAGCCGUGAAAUCCAUGGAGAUGAAGCAUUUUGGAUCGCCGCAAAAACCAGACGGUUAUGUAUCCAGCAAGAGACUUCAUACUGCGAGUAUGCAGAUUCCUUAUGCACAUCGGCAUGUAAGUAACAUCGCAACACUUUCAAAUAAUCCUGCUCUCGUCGAUAAAAUCAUGCAGAUGAAAUGUUCAAGGCUUACAUCAGCUUUCUCUACAAAUUCUGAGAGUUCUAAAGAGGUGAUUAAGACGUUGAAUCAGCAGAGUAAAGAAGAGACAGAUUCGAAGAGCUGGAAUAAGGAAGGAAAAUCUAACGAUUCUAAUGCGAGUAAUUCGUUAAGCGUCAAACGACCUCUUUCAUCCUCUUUAGAAUCUCGAACAUUUUCAAGUAGCAAUAAAAAGUCACCGGAUACUGACAAUUUUGCCGAGAACGUUAUCGCGGACAAAGAAACGGAGAUUUUAUUAAAUCAGUCGCAAACCGCUAGUCAUUACAAAAAAAAUACUCUUCUAUCUUCUGAAUCUGCACCAAAGGAUGAAACUUGCUUUAAAGACGAGGACGUUCAGGACGAAAUAGAACGCUACGAUUCACGUAAUAAAGACGCUGCGUAUAUCGAUUUCGAUACCCCACCAACUGACAGUGAUCGAAUCAAAUCGUCGAACGCAAAGUUAAGCGAAGAAGACUCGAAACCCAUCACAGAAAGCAAUAAGAAUACUAAUUGGGAUUCGAACGUGGAAGACGUAGAAAAUGAGUACAUCGACGACGGCGAUUAUGUACGAUUACCCGGCGAUUGCUAUCCCUACAAUAAAGAGAAUCUGGAUAAAUGGUCGCACUUCGUCUACAAGCCGAUUAAGCAGGAAACCAAGUUUGAUUCUGUCUCCGCCGAACGACCGAGCCAGAGGAACGCUAAUGACAACUCGUAUGCAAACAUCACGCGCGAUUCUCACGCCGGUGCGGUAAUGAAGACUUCAGGAAGCGGCGACGGCGCGGAAGCAAAAAACGCGGGACGCUCGGGUAGUGAAUUCCACGUGUCCUCUCGGAGUCAGCGGGUGGUGUCUGAUUGCUUGCGCGGCGAUGCCGCAGAUGCGCUGGGAUUGCGACGAUGGACCGAGGCCUUCUCGCGGCUCGACGUACGCGGAGAGAUGGACGAGGUGGCGGCGCGAGGCGGCGACGACGCGUCGUCUCGUGCCUAUCAUCAGUAG